AUGCCUCACGCGCUAACAUCCCGCGACUCCACCAUGGAACCUAGACCAGUUGGUUCUUACGAGCCAACUGGGAUAGACGUGCUCAUUAUUGGAACAGGCCUCGCAGGCCUGGUAGCUGCACUCGAAUGCGUGCGCAAAGGACACAAUGUGAGGGUGCUGGAGCGGAACGCCAGCAUCAACACGGCCGGCGACAUGUACUUCAUGGGCCUAAGUGCGACGCGCUUCUUCAAGCAUUGGCCCGAACUGCGGAAAGAAUACCAGCAGAUCUCGCUGCACAACGCUUGGAUCGAGACUUUCAAGCACAACGGCGAAGUCAUGAUUCCCCCAAAGAAGGUCGCGGACCGACUGCGUGCCCAGGGCCUGGAUCCCGAUACCCCGCCUGGCGAGUUCCAGAUGCGCCCGCUCGUGUACAAGAUGUUUGUGAACGCCGUGGAAAAGCUCGGCGUCAACGUCGAAUUCAAUCGCAAGGUUAUGGACUACUUUGAGGACGAGGAGACUGGCAAAGGUGGCUGCACGACAGAGGACGGCAAACGGUACGAGGCUGAUGUCGUUAUUGCGGCUGAUGGCGUUGGUUCGAAGAGCCAGAAGCUGGUGGGUGGGCAGGUCCGCGCUAUGCCUUCUGGGCGGGCGAUGUGGCGUGCUGCGUUCCCGAUUGAGCAUCUGGAUAAGAAUCCAGAGGUGAAGGAAUUCUUCAAGAUGAUGCCGAAUAAGGAGCCCAUUGUGAGGACAUGGCUCGGCCCUUCUACCUACGCGCUGACCUUGACCCGCGAAGAUGUAAUGGUCUGGAUCAUGAACCACGACGUAACCGGCACCGAGAAGGAGAGCUGGAACAACACCAUUGACGCCGACGAAGUGCUACAAGGCAUGGACGAGAUGCCCGGCAUGCAAACCAACAAAUGGGCGCCCAUCUUCAAAGAGCUCGUCAAAGUCACGCCCCCCAACACCAUCGUCAACUUCGAACUCCUCUGGCGCGAUCCCCAGCCCAGCUGGACCUCCCCCGGCGCGCGCGUCAUCCAGAUCGGCGACGCCGCGCACUCGUACCUCCCUGCCUCCGGGAACGGUGCCACGCAGGCCAUCGAAGACGCCAUCUCAAUAGCCUCCUGCCUGCAAAUCGGCGGCAAGCAAAACAUCCCCCAGUCCGUCCGCACACACAUCCGCUUCCGUUUCAUCCGCAACGCCUGCGCGCAAAAACUCGGCUUCGCCAACGCCGAGCUGCUGCAAGACACCGACUGGGACAAAGUCGCGCUCGACCCGCGCCGCGCCGCGCCCAAGCUGCCCAGGUGGGUGUGGGCGCACGAUCCGGAGGCGUAUGCGUACGCGAACUACUGGAAGGCGGUGCGGAGUAUGGAGAGGGGUGUGGAUAUGCGAGAUGAGGUGGGCUUUGAGCCGAAUUAUCCGAGGGGGUAUCGGUAUGAGCCCUGGAGUAUUGAGGAGAUUAUGAGGGAUAGGAGGGCGGGGAGGAGGGUUGAGCUGGGGAGCGGGGAGUGGGAGUAG